GGCGGGGCUUCGGGCGGGGCACGGUGGGCGGGCGGGGCCGGCGGGGGCCGCGGCCGGGGCCGGGAUCGGGCGCGUUUCGGGGCCGGAGGGGCCUGGGGCCGUGGCAGACCAUGGCGAGCUCGGAGCGGAGCGCGCUGCUCACGUACCGCCUGUGCGGCGGCUCGGGCGAGGAGGAGAGGGGCCGGGAGCGCGGCCGGGCCGCCGCCACCGCCGCCGCCCCCCGCAAGCUGCCCACCUUCCUGGGCGUUGUGGUACCCACGCUCCUCUCCAUGUUCAGCGUCGUCCUCUUCCUGCGCCUCGGGUUUGUGGUGGGCCAUGCUGGGUUGUACCAAGCCCUGGCCAUGUUCGCUGUGGCAUACUUCAUCAUUGGCAUGACAGUGCUAUCUGUGUGUGCCAUUGCCACCAACGGGGCUCUGGAUGCCGGAGGAGCCUACUAUAUGAUCAGCCGUGCCCUGGGCCCAGAGUUUGGGGGCAGCAUUGGGAUCAUGUUUUUCCUGGCCAACGUGUGUGGCAGUGCCCUCUAUGUGCUGGGGCUGGUGGAGGCACUGGUGGACAGCUUUGGAAUCCCACUUGGGCAAAAAGUGGGCACAGGCUUCCAUGUCCUGCCCCAGAGCUACUGGUAUGAGCUGCUCUAUGGCACCGUGCUGCUGGCGCUGUGCCUCCUUGUGUGCCUUGUGGGUGCCUCCAUCUACGCCAAGGCCACCUUCCUCAUCUUCCUCAUCGUUGCGGGUGUCCUGGGUACCGUCCUCGUCAGCUUCUUUGCCACACGGCCCCUUGGAGUGCCCAUCCACCUGCCCCACCUCAACGGCUCUAAGACUGAGAAUGGCAAUUUCACCGGUUUCUCCCUUACCACCCUACAAGACAACCUGGGGGGUGGGUAUGGGGUGGACUACACCACCGGGCAGAGGAUGAGCUUCAGUUCCGUCUUUGCGGUCAUGUUCAACGGCUGCACCGGCAUCAUGGCAGGCUCCAAUAUGUCAGGGGACCUGAAGCGCCCAAGCUACUCCAUCCCACGGGGCACUAUCUCUGCCGUGCUCUUCACCUACCUCGUCUACAAUCUGCUGGCUUUCCUCAUGAGUGCUACCUGCAGCAGGAUCCUCCUGCAGAAAGACUAUGGCUUCUUGCGUGACAUCAGUAUCUUCCCGCCCCUGGUCACUGUGGGUAUCUACGCUGCCACUCUCUCUGCAGCCAUGAGCAACCUCAUUGGAGCAUCCCGCAUCCUCUAUGCCCUGGCCCGAGAUGAUCUCUUUGGCCGGGCGCUAGCACUGGCCAAGAAGACCUCUGCCAAUGGGAACCCAGUGAUGGCAGUGAUCCUCUCCUGGCUGGUGGUGCAGCUGGUGCUCUUCUCUGGGAAGCUCAACACCAUCGCGGGGGUCGUGACCACCUUCUUCCUCCUGGUUUACGCCACCGUCAACCUGGCCUGCCUGGCACUGGAGUGGGCAUCGGCCCCCAACUUCAGGCCCACCUUCCGGUACUUCACCUGGCACACGUGCCUGCUGGGCAUUGCGGGCUGCUGUGUCAUGAUGUUCCUCAUCAGCCCUGUGUCGGCCUCAGCAAGCCUGGGCUUUCUCCUCCUGCUUCUCCUCGCUCUCCACUACCUCUCGCCCAGCAGCACAUGGGGCUACAUCAGCCAGGCCCUCAUCUUCCACCAGGUGCGGAAGUACCUGCUGAUGCUGGAUGUGCGGAAGGACCAUGUCAAGUUCUGGCGCCCACAGAUGCUGCUGAUGGUGCAGAACCCGCGUGGCAGCGCUCGGCUCAUUGACUUUGUCAAUGACCUCAAGAAGAGCGGCCUUUAUGUCCUGGGCCAUGUCGAGCUGCAGGACUUGGACAUGCUGCCUUCAGACCCACUGCAGCCCCAGCAGGACUCAUGGCUGAGCUUGGUGGACAAGCUGAAUGUCAAGGCCUUUGUCAGCCUCACUCUUGCACCCUCUGUGCGGCAUGGUGUCCGGCAGCUCCUCUUCACCUCUGGCCUCGGUGGGAUGCGCCCCAACACCCUGGUGCUGGGCUUUUAUGAUGAUGCAGCACCGCAGGAUGGUCUAACCCAGCACCCCGCCUUCACCAGUGCCCGUGAGGAGAUCCCCCUGAGCUUCCCCCCGCUGCGGACACCUGCCGCCCCCAAGCUGCUGUCGGCCCGCGAGUACGUGGGCAUUGUGGCUGAUGCCCUGAAGAUGCUUCGCAACGUCCUGCUGGCCCGGCAGCUGGAGAGCCUGGACAAGGCCUGGGAGCUGCGGCGGGCCGCCAGUCCCCCGCCUGCCAUCCACGUGUGGCCUGUCAACCUGCUGCGGCCCGACAGUGCCCGCUAUGCCGACACCUGCAGCCUGUUCCUGCUGCAGAUGGCCUGUGUCCUCAACAUGGCACGGGCCUGGCGACGCGCCCGCCUGCGCCUCUUCCUCUGCGUGGAGGCAGGCACCAUGCCCCAUGCCCAGGAGGAGAAGCUGCGCCAGCUCCUCAAGGACUUGCGUAUCCAGGCGCAGAUCCAGCUGGUGCCCUGGGACACCGUCACCCGCCUGCACUGGCAAACCUGCCGGGGACCGCCGGGGGGGCCUGCCGGGGCGACAGAGGAGGAGGAAGAGACCAUGAACUUCCCAGCCAACGCCACCCAAGUGUCAGAUGAGUAUGUGUGUGCUGCCAACAAACUCGUCCUGGAGCAGAGCCCCGCGCCGGUCAUGCGCUUCCUCUACCUGCCACGGCCGCCGGCUGACACCAGCCUCUACCCACUCUACCUUCACCAGCUGGAGCUGCUCACCCGCGGGCUGGGCCCUACUGUGCUGGUGCACGGGGUGAGUGCCGUCACCAGCACCCAGCUCUAGGUCACCUGCUGGGUCCCCCCACAGCUCCCCGCACCCUCCUUUGCCCAGUGCCUUUAGCAGCCUGAGGGCUGUCCCCAGCCCCCGUACCCCCACCACAGUGGGCAGGGGGUUCAGUGCCUCACGCUGGGGGUGGGUUUUUUUUUGAGGGGGUAUCUCCUGCAGAGGAUGAAAGCUGCCCUGGCAGGAUCCAGGCACAGCCCUUGUGCUGGCCCGGCAGCGCGGUGCAUUCAUGGUGCCUUUUCUUUGGGGUGGUGGAGAACGAUAGUGGGGUCCCAGGGAGUGCCAAGCACUGAGUGCCCCAGUGUGCUGGGAGCCCCUUGCUCAUAUCGUGCACCUCCCUCCCCAUGCUUCCGUACUCCUGCAACCCCCAGCCUCUCCUCCGCCAGCUCCUCCGGGCACCCAGCCAGCAGUGGGGAUUGAUUAAAGGCAGCCUCGACCUUGGUGCCCCGGCUCCUCGCCAUCCUCCCUGCCUUUCAUUAGGAAAAAUUAAAUGGAAAGGGGUGGGGGAGGGGAGCCCAGAUGCCUGAGUUCCCUGUGUGAGGCUGGGAAGGCGGGGAGCAGCUGGGUGCUGGCCCUAAUGGGUGUGAGGUAUGGCACCCCCGAUCUUGCUCAGCACCCCCUCUGCUGCUGGGUGGGAGGGACCCAGAUGCUUCAAUCUGUAGGGCCCCCGUCAAGGGGUCUGAACUCCUGGUUCUGGGAAGGAGGGGGAAAAAGAUUGGCCAGGGGGGAGCCUGGUCCAACCCCUGCAUCCCUUGGUGGUGUUCUGUGACCUGUUUCUUGGGCCAUUGCCAUUUCCCCACACCCAUCAUGACCUGCACAAGGGAAGCUGCCCUUGCUGCCUGCCCCCCCCUCUUAUUGAUUAGAGGAGGGCAGGAAAUUGCCUGGGUACUGGGCGAUAAAUCCAUCGGGUGCCUGGCAGGCAGGCAGUGCGCCCGUGUGCUGCCUGAUGGAUCGUUUCCUAUUAGCCCCAGCACAGAGGGGGCUUCUCCAGGCCAGGCUGGGCUCCAGUGCUGGGGACAAGUGUGGUACUGCUGCCUGUGCCAGCUCUUGCCAAGCCUGGCACUGCCACCUGGCAACUCUGCUCGGUUGGAGGGCUAGAAAAAUGCAGGCGGCUGGGUGCUGCUGGGUGGUGGUAGGAGGCUUGCUCCCUGUGUUUUGCAGUAGGCUGUGCUCAGAUUUGUGCCCAAAUUCCCACCUCAGUGGGUGGCCGGGGGCUAGGGCUGGCUUUGCUCCCCCCAGCAGGAGGUGGGUGCCCCGGGGUGGGCACCGCACAGCCCACAGGGUUUAUUUACAAACAGGGGGGAGCUGGCACAGGGCAGCUGGGCACCAGCGGGACCCGAUGGCCUGUAAUGUUAAUUAUCACCACGUAAUUAAAAGCCCAUAAAAAGCCUCACACUUCAUUAAAUUAAAGCUUCACCGCACUGUGCCGGCAGGCUCUAGCAGAGUUAACCUUGGCCGUGCCAGGCACCAGCUCCACUGCAACUGGGAACCUGUUGCUGGGGGUGUGUGGGACCUGAGACCCAGAUUAUACAGCCCCCACAAUAUAGUAGUGGGGUGCAGCAUUGCACAUGCAUGAGCACCCCCCAGCACCAUUCAUCACCCCUGAGCCAUCUGUGGCUGGACAUGCACGGGGAGCACACAGGGCAUUGCAUGGACAUAUGUGCUCAUGCCACCUCUGCAGACACACUGUCACGCAUACUGGGGCUUGGGCAGGGGCUGACACAGGUGCAUGCAUGCACACCCAGAUGUGCUCGCCACAGCAAAGGCAGCAUCACACACCAGCACAACAGCUCUGGCACAGCAGCUCCAGCGCACAACACCCACGCAGCGCACACCUACACAAACAACGUUUCUUCCUCCUGACACGCAGACAAACAGACACACACACACACCCUGCGUCUACUCCAGGCUCCCACCCAUUGCUGUGAGUGCCUGGGGAGCUGAUGGGCUGUGGGGAGAAUACCCAUCUCUGCCUGCCCCCUCUGUGCCUCAGUUUCCCCAAGGACUAGGUUGUGCUGGGGAUAAGAGGGAGGAGUGUGUGUGGGACCUCCUAGCCCUCUUGGUAGCUGGGUGCCCUGGCUCAGUGAUGCUGUGCUGAGGUCUGGGGGGGAUACAAGAUGGUGGGUGGGUUCCUGCCAGCACACAAGGAGGGGCAUGUGUGCGUGGGGCACACAUGUGUGUACCUGUUAAGGGAGCACGUGCCAUGCUUAAGGCUAUAUGUGUACAAAAGGGGGUGUGUGCAUGUGCACCACAAGGAGUGUCUAUAUGUGUGCAUGCAUUAGGGUGUAUAUAUAUCCAGCUCUAGGCAUGAUGCUCUGAUCCACACACAGGGCUGGAGGGUGGGGGGAGCCAGGGGAGCGCACACACCUGUGAACACAGGCUGUGCAAAUUGGCACGCACAUGUGCCCAGCACCCCAAGGCACUGCCACCAAGUGGGACUGCAGGGGGCAGGGGCUGGCCGGGGGGCUGCGGAGGGCAGGCGCUGGUGAGUGCCCAUGCCCCAGCCCCGUGGGGGUGGGCAGCCAACGGGGCCUCGGCUAUUUCUUGGAAAUUUCGCAGCAUUCAUUUCAGUGCAAAUAAAAGCUGUCAUUGCCGGA